AAUGUUUUCCUACAUCAGCAAUUUAAUAGGUGGAGGAAGUGCUGGUGGUAAAUCAUCAUCAUCAUCUUCUUAUAACGAAAAGAUUGCUGUGGAUGGAACCUUGAUCGAAUAUGUAACCAAAUCUAAAAAUCCGAAGACUGCCAUUAUGAAGGCACAAUUAAUUAUUGAUAAAUCAGAAAGCAAGGGAAGAGACAUUGAAUUGGUGAUUAAAAACAAGGAAUUUGAUAAGGAAAAGAUUAGUUUCUUGUUGGAGGAAGCAAUGGAAUUUGGUCAAGUUGUUGAUCAACCUGUUGUGAUUGCCUAUUGUUGGGUGAAUGGUAAUACUAUUUGGGUUUUCAAAUUCUCUGAGAAGAAUUACGAAUUGUCAAAAUGUCUUUCUAGAUUGGCUUAUGAAUGCAUCUUUGAAAAUAGAGAAGAUAGAGAUUUUGAUGAGGAAAAGGAUAGCUAUGACGAUUUGUUGAUGGAUACAGAAUUGCCAUUUGAUGUGGAUACUCUUGUGAUGUUUAAAACUGCAUCGAGUCCUGUUGUCAAUAAGCCAACAGUUGUUGAAUCUAAACCAAGUCCAAAAACUGUUGCUACACUCCCUGUUAAAGAAACAUCAUCUGUCAAACCACCUGUUGCAACACAACCAACAACUCAACCUUCACAAUCAUUGUAUCCAUCUUUGCAAAUUGGUGAUGAGCAAACAAGAAAGAAAUCAUAUGAAAAAUCUAUUGGUGGUAAAUUGGAAGAAAUUUGUUCUGCCAAAUGUGAUUUAUACUUGUUAGAUGAAAAGACUCACAUUUAUGAAUUGAAGAGAGAAAAUGUUACUGCUACAAUUUAUGAAGUGUUAGAUGAAGAAGGUGAUUCAAACUUUGACUAUGUUAUGGAUAUUAGUAUUGGAGACGAAAGACUGAUCAUUCAAGAUAUUAACAGUGAAAUGAAUGCUCAAUUCUACAAUCAAUUCCACUCAAUUACUUGGAACUUUACAAAUCCAUUCUCUUCAUGGAGUUUGAUUUUCAAAAAUUUGGAUGAAGAGUCAGAAUUCAAGACUAAUUUGAGUAGAUCGAUUUAUGAAUUUAACACUUGUAAUGAUUUCUUCAAACUUGCCAUUGAAGAUCAAGAAAUGCUUGUUAAAACAUCUGCAAUUGAUCAAUCUAUUGGAAACAGCUCAAAAUAUUUGCAAGAUUUGGAUUAUGAAGAUGAAGAUUAUGUAGAUUUUAUUUCUGAUUCUGAAGAAGAAGAAGAAAGUGAAGACGAAGAGGAGGUUGUUCCAUCUGGUGGAAAACAACCUGGUUUACCAAAAUAUACCAACUCAUUCAUGUUGGACAGUUCUCAAAGAGAAAGAACAUUUGUCAUUAGAGGCAGUGAUAUUGGCGUAUUCAAGAGAGAUGAUGAUACUGAUCACCCAGUUUUCGAUACUCAAAUCAAGAAUGUUAGCACCACAAAAGGUGAACUCUUUGUUCCAUACAAGGCCAUGCUUCAUAAUCAAGAUCGUGACUUGUUGUUCCUUCACAAGGAUCAAGAUAAUGAAGAUCAUUGUGGUAAGGUAUAUAGAAUGGAUAUUACAAGAGGUGAAGUUGUUGAAACAUGGAAUACCUUCCAAGAUUAUGUUCCAAUUACUGAAAUUAAGCCAACCGAAAAGUUUGGCGACCAAUUACCAACUCAGGUGUUUGGUGCACUCAAUGAUAAUGCUGUUUUUGCACUUGAUCCUCGUAUUCACGGUUCUGAUAAGGUUGUUGGUAAUAUUUCUGCCAUCACCUCAAAUUCUAAACCACAAUUCUCUUGCUUUGCAACUACUUCUGAUGGAAGACUUGUUGUCGGUAGUGAAAAGGGUGAAAUUAGAAUGUUCAGUGGUAUUCCAAACCUUGACAAGACUGGAAAGAAGGGAACCCAUCCAAAAUCAGCCAAGACCUUGCUUCCAGGUUUGGGUGAUGAAAUCAUUGGUAUUGAUGUGACUUAUAAUGGUGAAUGGGUUGUUGCUACAUGCAAGACUUAUUUGAUGGUUAUCAACACUUCAAUGCCUAAUAGUGAUACUACUGGAUUCACUGAAAGAAUGGGUAAGAACAAACCAAUUCCAAGAAAGAUUCAACUUUUACCAGAAGAUAUCAAACAAGUUGGUGGUUCAGUAUCUUUCAAGCCUGCUAAAUUCAAUAGUGGUAUUGAUGGUGAAUUGUGGAUUGUUACAUCAACUGGUCCUUAUUUAAUUACAUGGAAUUUUAAGAGAAUUACUCAAAAUAGUUUAUUCGAUUACACAAUGAAGAAGGUCAACAACAAUGAAAAUGUUGUGAUGAGUGAAUUCAAGAGUGUCAGGAUUAAUGAAGAAGGCAGACAUGCUCCAAUUAUUGUAACAACACCAAAUGAUGUCUUAUUAGAAAAGAAGAAAAAGACAUCUACUGUACCUUACAAGAAGAGAACAACUCAAUAUAAGAAAUAAAAAUGUAAAUAAACCUUUAAUUUAAA